GCUGCGGAGACGUCGUGGCGUGGGCGCCGGGCCAGGCGGUGACUCUAGAGAGGCCCGAGGGUUGUCCCUUCGCUCUCUCCUGAUCCGUCUGCACUCCCUGCGCUGGGUCAUUGACGUUCCAGACGUUUUAUAUGCUUUCUUCACAUGUCGAAAAAAUGCCCUUCUGGCGAAGAGCUCGACCCCCCAGGUAGAGGGUGACUUUGCCAUGGCCCCUCGGGGCCCUGACCAGGAGGAGUGUGAGGGCCUGCUGCAGCAGUGGCGAGAAGAAGGGUCGAGCCAGGUGCUGUCAGCUGUGACAGAGGAUCCUCUUGCAGAUAAGGCACUAGCCCAGAGCAGCCUGGCAGUCCUGAUGGAUAAUCCUGGAGAACAGGAUGCUGCUUCAGAGGACAAGUGGUCCAGCAGACAGCUGAGUGACCUUCGGGCAGCAGAGACCCUGGAGGAACCUUUUCCUCAGGUGCUAGGGGAGGCGCUGGUGUCAGAGGUUGAGGCCCCUGUGUGGGCAGCUGUGCCUGUGCAGACAGGCUCCCAGUAUGAACACUGUGCUGUCCUCCCAAUGGGUGCCCUGGCUACAGAGCAGUGGGAAGAGGAUCCUGCAGUGGUGGCCUGGAGCAUAGCAACAGAGCCACUGCCCCAGCAAGAGAUGCCCAUUUGGCCAUUUGAAGGCUUGGAGCAAUUGCAGCCUCCUCCCAUGGAAAUACCAUACCAUGAAAUCUUGUGGCGAGAAUGGGAGGAUUUCUCCACCCAGCCAGAUGCUCAGGGCCUGGAGGCAGGCGAUGGCCCUCAGUUCCAGUUCACUCUGAUGUCUUAUAAUAUCCUGGCCCAAGACUUAAUGCAGCAGAGCUCAGAGCUCUAUCUGCAUUGCCAUCCGGACAUCCUCAAUUGGAACUAUCGCUUUGCAAACCUCAUGCAGGAAUUCCAGCACUGGGACCCUGAUAUCCUGUGUCUCCAGGAAGUCCAGGAAGACCAUUACUGGGAACAGCUGGAGCCGGCUCUGCGAAUGAUGGGCUUUACGUGUUUUUACAAGAGGAGGACUGGGUGUAAGAUGGAUGGCUGUGCUGUCUGCUACAAACCCACCAGAUUCCGUCUGCUCUGUGCCAGCCCUGUGGAGUACUUCCGGCCUGGCUUGGAGCUUCUCAAUCGGGACAAUGUAGGCUUGGUGUUGUUGCUGCAGCCACUAGUCCCAGAAGGUCUGGGGCAAGUUUCAGUAGCCCCCCUGUGUGUGGCAAAUACCCAUGUCUUGUACAACCCACGACGGGGUGAUGUCAAGCUGGCCCAGAUGGCCAUUCUCUUGGCUGAAGUGGACAAAGUGGCCAGGUUGUCAGAUGGCAGCCAUUGUCCCAUCAUUUUGUGUGGGGACUUGAAUUCUGUCCCUAAUUCACCUCUCUACAACUUCAUCAGAGAUGGAGAACUCCACUACAAUGGGAUGCCUGCCUGGAAGGUAUCUGGACAGGAAGACUUCUCCCAUCAGCUUUACCAACGGAAGUUGCAGGCCCCACUGUGGCCCAGCUCCCUGGGCAUCAAUGAUUGUUGUCAGUACAUCAGUUCCUGUUGCACCAAGAGAUCAGAGAGACGUAAGUAUGGCCGAGACUUCUUGCUGCGCUUCCGCUUCUGUAGCAUCGCUUGUCAGCGACCAGUAGGAUUGGUUCUCAUGGAAGGAGUGACAGACACUAAGCCAGAACGACCUGCUGGUUGGUCUGAGUCUGUCAUUGAGGAAGACAUAUCUGAGCUUGAGCCUGUCUUCCCCAGGACUAUAGGCACCAUUCAGCAUUGCCUCCACCUGACGUCAGUGUAUACCCAUUUCCUGCCCCAGCAUGGCCGCCCAGAGGUCACCACAAUGCCCUUAGGUCUUGGAAUGACAGUGGAUUAUAUCUUUUUCUCAAAUGAGUCAUGUGAGAAUGGGAACAGAACUGAUGGCAGGCUGGUUCGAGAUGGGACACUUAAGCUGCUGGGCCGCCUCUCCCUCCUCUCUGAAGAGAUUCUCUGGGCUGCCAAUGGCUUGCCCAACCCCUUCUGCUCUUCAGACCAUCUCUGCCUGCUAGCCAGCUUCAGCAUGGAAGUCACUGCCCCAUGACAGCCCAGGGGAGAGAGCUCCUCUUCUGGAAGAGCUCACUGGAUCAGAGACUGGAAAUGCCCUGCGCUGUGGAAGCGCACAUCCCUCAUCUCAUUCCCUUCAGCCUGUCCACAUUCUUGUUUCUGGUCCCUGCCCUGCCCCAGCCGCUCCCUAAUCCUGUGCCACAUACUCAGUGGCCCUGGGAGAGGCAGAAGCAGGUUUCCCUCUUCCCUUCAUGUACCAAGUGCUCCCCUUUAACUUUUAAUUACCAGGGUUUGGGAGCUUUUGAUCAUAUUGGUUAUUUGCUUUCAGGCUGUUUCUUGGGGGUACCUUCUGACCCAUUCUUCCCCAUGUCUUCAUGACCUGUGGGCCUAGCCCUCUUGGCAGAUAUGCACACAGGAUGUGCAUCUUUUUGGCCCGGGGAUGCCCACCACUUUUCAUACAGGGGCUGUGGCCUAGGGGAGGUUAAGAGCAUGGCCUUGUGGCCAUAUGUUGCCAGGUGGCAGGCAGUGGGGUGGGGACCCUUCUCCUUUGAGUUGCACCAGUCAUCAUCCAGCCAACCAGGGUAUAUACUUGUUAUCUGAGGGCCUGGGAACUAAUGGGCCUCACAGCUGGAGACUGGGUGAGUGGUGACUUCCUGCCAUGUGGGCUCUUGCCUCUGUCCCAGAGCUCCCCACAGUCCUAGCUCACCGCUUUUCCCAGGCUGCCCUGAGGGGGAGGCAGAAGUUUGAAUUCUUUUAUCAAAUUCAGUGGGCUGGGACUGUGAUAUGAAGUUUAAAACUUUAAGGAUGAGGAAAAAGAACCUCAGGAAACUCGUCUCACCGGACUCUGUGUCACUGAGUAAGGUGGAGUCCCGGUAGGAGAGAGCAGAUGGGCUCAUCAGCUGCCUCCGGUGGACUCAGAAACCGAGGGGCUGCUGUCUUUCCUCUGCACACCUAAAAAGCAGUUUUCUAUUCUUUUCUCCAGCCACUUUUUAUUUUUUGUCCCCUCCUCCCUCCCCCCUCAUCCCUUCCAUGUUCUUUGCAGAAGGUCAUGUCAUACCAUCCCAGAAAAUGGUGGCUUUGGGUAAAACUAGUGCAAGAACUGUGGGUGGCCAUGCUUGAGGAUUUACUCUAACUAACAGGGUCUUGGUGGGUCCUGCCUCCAUUCCCUCCCCUCCAUGGUACUGUUGCCCACUUGUACUCCUGGCCCACACCAUGUCACCUGCAUGCCUUAUUCUCCAUUGCUGGGAGGUGGCCUGGACUGCUCCUGGGCCAGUGCUUCCCCUUAUGUUCCUUAACUCAGAGUAGCUGCUGGCCUUUGUUAGUUUGCCUUGCUGUUCCCCCAUUGAGCCCUCAGAGGAGACAGAAGGGAAUGGCCAGGGGGCUGAAGUUAAGGCCAGAUGGCUAGAGUUUAAUGUUCUUUCCUUUUUUUUGAAAGCCAAAGACCCAACUUGAAUUGUGCAUUCCUGGUUGUAAGCUUUCCAUGCCUAGGUUUGGGGAGAGUCCUUUUUCUAUGUUUGUCUAUUUUUUAGCUUUGUGUCUGGGAUCCUAGCAUGUGCCUGUCUGAGCCCCAGGCCUGGCAGACCGCAGCCCACUGUUCAUUUCGCCCCUCUCUCUGUGUCCUUGGGCACCUCCUGAGAUGGCCUCAAGGCAGUGUUCUAUUGGUCCCUUGGGAGAGAGGACACCACUGGUGUCUUCUGCCACAACUGCAGGGUGAAAAACAGCCAAAGAUGGCAAGCACCCAACCUUGACUUUUACUUGUUUUCUUUGUUUCUGUGUUAGAAAUGAAAUAAGAGUUUUAAAUGGUCGUUUAAGCUGCACUAAGUCUGCAGAACUGGGGCAACUUUUUCCAAAUAAAGGUUUACCUUUCCUCCUCA